AUGCCUGUGCUGCCCGUGCCUGUGCUGCCCGUGCCUGUGCUGCCCGUGCCUGUGCUGCCCGUGCCUGUGCUGCCCGUGCCUGUGCUGCCUGUGCCUGUGCUGCCCGUGCCUGUGCUGCCUGUGCCUGUUGCUGCCCGUGCCUGUGCUGCCCGUGCCUGUGCUGCCCGUGCCUGUGCUGCCCGUGCCUGUUGCUGCCCGUGCCUGUGCUGCCCGUGCCUGUGCUGCCCGUGCCUGUGCUGCCCGUGCCUGUGCUGCCCGUGCCUGUUGCUGCCCGUGCCUGUGCUGCCCGUGCCUGUGCUGCCCGUGCCUGUGCUGCCCGUGCCUGUUGCUGCCCGUGCCUGUGCUGCCCGUGCCUGUGCUGCCCGUGCCUGUGCUGCCCGUGCCUGUGCUGCCUGUGCCUGUUGCUGCCCGUGCCUGUGCUGCCCGUGCCUGUGCUGCCCGUGCCUGUUGCUGCCCGUGCCUGUGCUGCCCGUGCCUGUUGCUGCCCGUGCCUGUGCUGCCCGUGCCUGUGCUGCCCGUGCCUGUGCUGCCCGUGCCCGUGCUGCCCGUGCCUGUUGCUGCCCGUGCCUGUGCUGCCCGUGCCUGUGCUGCCCGUGCCUGUGCUGCCCGUGCCUGUGCUGCCUGUGCCUGUUGCUGCCCGUGCCUGUGCUGCCCGUGCCUGUGCUGCCCGUGCCUGUGCUGCCCGUGCCUGUUGCUGCCCGUGUCUCCUGUCGCUGA